CAGCCUUCUCCCUGUCCCAGUCUGUCUUGCUGUGCUGGUGGCACUCGGCAGUCGGCACUCGCUUCAUAUAGCUAGGUGAACCAUGAUCUGGAAAUGCUAUGCGCCAUGCUCUCCCGUCCAUAUAAAACACCAAGCCUUUACAUCUCGCAAGGCAAACAAGAGCAGCCUUCUCCCUGUCCCCCGUCUGUCUUGCCGGUGGCUAGGUAUUUCCAGUUCGUUCUUUUCUUUUCUUUUCUUUCUUUCUUUCUUUCUGUGUGCAGCGUUAACUCUUGUUUUAUUCACACGCACACACACACACACACACAAACACACACACACACACACACACACAACAGCUAAGAAGGCCUGUGAGAGCAUGGCAAGUAGUACCGUGUGCGAGAUCCGCCGUUUGCAGCGUGCGGACGGGCCUGCGUUGGUGCUUGCCAUCGGGACAGCAAACCCGCCCAACCACUUGUCCCAAGAGGAGUACCUGGAGUACUACUUCCGCGCCACCAAAAGCGAGCACCUCACGGACCUCAAACGCGAAUUCAAGUCAAUAUGUGACAGGACAGGCACGGAGAAACGUUUCUUUCACCACACACAGGAGCUGCUGGACGCCCACCCUCGCUUCUUCGACGGCGGACACGACCGCCUGGAGAUCGCCGCCGCCGUCGCCCCAGACCUCGCUGCGUUGGCCGCCGCCAAGGCCAUAACCAAGUGGGGCCGUCCAGCGACCGACAUCACUCACCUCAUCGUCAGCACCAACUCGUGCGCCCGCGCCCCGGGUGCCGACCUCCGCAUCGCCUCCCUCCUAGGCCUCCGACCGUCUGUGGUUUGCACACUGCUCCAGAUCAACGGAUGCUCCGCCGGCUCCGCGUCGCUACGCCUCGCCAAGGACAUUGCCGAGAACAACCGCGGCGCCCGUGUCCUUGUGGUGUGCGUCGAGCUCAGCGUCGCCGCCUUGCGGGGGCCAGAGGAGAACUACCCCCACACCCUCAUCAGCCAGGCAAUUUUCAGUGAUGGCGCCGGCGCGGUAAUUAUCGGCGCUGACACGGUGCACCCACUGGAGCGCCCACUCUUCGAGAUGGUAUCCGCGUCACAGAUCGUGAUUCCGGGGACGGAUCAUCUUGCCAUGAUAAAAACCGGGGAAGGUGGCAUUUACCACCAAUUGUCGAUGCGGGAGCUUGUCCCGAUAGUAGCACAGAACAUCGAGCAGUGCAUAUCGGAUGAGCUCAAGCAGCUCGGAGUUGGCGUCGAAUGGAACGACCUCUUCUGGGCAAUGCACCCCGGCGUCAAUGCACUCUUAGACCAUGUCGACCAGGCUCUCAUGUUGGACCCGGGAAAGUUGGCAGCGAGUCGGACCGUGCUGAGAGAGUACGGGAAUAUGCUCAGCGCCACAGUGAUUUUUGUUCUUGAUGAGCAGCGGCGCCGAAUGGAAGAGGACGGAGAGGAAGGUGUUUGGGGUGUGAUGCUGGGAUUUGGACAUGGGUUCACAAUUGAGACUAUGGUGAUGCAUGCGACCAGCAAUCUCAAGCAAAAGUAUGCCAGAAUGUAGUGCAUAUUUUUUUUAAUUUAAAGCCAAACGAUGUAAAGUUUGACCAAAUAUGAUUGCUCUAGUAACUGGCAAGUCCGCAUGCGAGGACAAUAUCUUUAGUGUGUCGGGCGGCAUGUGCAAAACACGCGCAUGACAUCUGUCAGCAAUAAACACGUGGUAUAUGUGCCCGUGGUAUACAUUUGCAUGAGGCCGUGUAGGUUUCAAAGCAAUCACCGAGUAGGACUAUACUACUCCCUCCGUUUAGGUGCAUUAG